AAAGAUGGAUGAUCUUGUUCUUCUCUUGUUUUGGUGCCCCAUCAGCCAAGACUAUCUCUUUGCUGCUUCAGUAGCUACUAUAUUUUCAGAGCAUCUUUUUUUGCUCGUCCUCUGACGUAUCGUACGUCAAGUCCACUCAUUCUUUCAGUUUUCACUGUCACUCUUUCAGACGGUCAUGGCUCCGUCUAUGCUCAAGCUGGGUGCUGUUGCCCUGGCUUACACCUUUGGUGUUUCUGCCCUUAGCUCUCCUGCCUCCGGCAAGACCUAUCAGUUGUCCGAGUCUUAUAACUCGGGUAACUUUGUCGAUAAGUUCAGUUUCUUUGAGGGUGGCCUCGAUCAGAAGGUGAGGGAUCCCAACAAUGGAUUUGUCCAAUACCAGAGCAAGGAUGCGGCAGUGUCCUCGGGUUUGUUCAAGACCGAAGGUGAUGAUAUCCGCAUCGGUGUCGACAGCAAGACUUCCGGUGUCAAUGGCCGUAAGAGUGUCCGUCUCGAGAGUACCGCCUCCUAUAACACCGGUCUGUUUGUUGCCAAGUUCAGCCACUUCCCCAAGCCUAUCUGUGGUGCUUGGCCCGCUUUCUGGAUGGUUGGCGACAACUGGCCCCAGGACGGUGAAGUCGAUAUCUACGAGAUGUGGUCAAUGGCCGAUCAAAACAUGAUUACCUACCACACCGGGAAGCCCGAUCAGGUUGGCAGCUGCCUGCUCGACCCCGAUAUGCACAUUGCGUCUGCCCAGACCUUCAACUGCGACAACUCUGCUCCAGGCCAGUGGGUAAACCAGGGCUGUGGUGUGAUGGAGCAGUCAGGCCAGUGGGGCAACCCCGACGGUGGUGUUUAUGCUAUCGAAUGGACUGAGGAACAUCUCAGUGUCUGGAGCUGGGCCACCGAGCCCGCCGACAUCGAGAACGGAACUCCCAACCCCGCGACCUGGGGUAAGCCGCACAUGACCGUUACCAGCAAGACCUGCGAUGUUGAGAAGGCUUUCAAGAACCUCCGCUUCAUCCUCAACAUCAACUUCUGCGGUGAUGCCGCUGGACCGCAGUUCGCUCUUGAUCCCAAGUGCGCUUCCAAGGCCACCUCUUGCGACGCAUAUGUCUCGAACAACCCCAAGGAUUUCGAGGAUGUCUACUGGAAGAUCAAGUACAUCGACGUCUACCAGCUCCAGCAGGCCCUUCCUACCACCACUUCGUCUGCCAUCUCUUCGAGCACCACUUCUUCCGCCAUCAGCUCUACCGUUACCUCCAGCUUCGUCUCUGUCGUCUCUAGCUCUGCCGUUUCCAGCUCCGAGGUUGUUUCUAGCUCUGCCGUUGUUUUUGCUUCCGCCGUCCCCAGCUCCGAGGUCGUUUCCGGUACCGACAUCUUCAGCAACGUUGCCUCCACCUCUGUUGUUGCCUCCAGCUCCGACGCAGUCUUCGUCACUGCCACCUCUUCCGCGGCUCUCCCUACUGAGACUGACGAUGAUAGCGACUGCGAUGACGAUGACGAGGGUGUCGUUUCCUCCAGCAUUGUUGUCCCCAGCGGUAGUGCCACUGUCAGCGUCGUCCCCAGCGGCAGCGUCAUCCCCAGCGGCAGCGUCGUCCCCAGCGGCAGCAUUGUCCCCAGCGGCAGCAUUGUCCCCAGCGGCAGCAUUGUCCCUAGCGGCAGCAUUGUCCCCAGCGCCAGUGCCAUCGAGACCGGCAGUUCUUCCAUCAUCACUUCUGCCCCCAGCGGACCUUCCGCCGGUUUCCCGGUCAUCUCUGCUCCUGCUGAUCCCUCGGCCUCCGGCGGCUUCCCCAUCCCCAGCGGUAUCUCCUCCGGCCCCGUCCUCUUCCCCAACAGCACCAUCACUGCUUCCCAGGAGAUGACCACCUCCACCAUCUACGCGACUAGCUACUACACCGUCACCUCUUGCGCUGCUACCGUGACCAACUGCCCUGCUCGCGUCGUCACCUCCGUCAUUGCCAUCUCCACCACCGUCUGCCCCGUCGCCAACCACCCUGCCGCUCCUACCAACGCUCCCGGCGGCGGUAACGGUGUCCCUAUUGUUCCCACCCAGGUCCCCGGUGGCUGCAACGGCGAGAACUGCCCUGUUCCUACUCAGGUUCCCGGCGGCCCCAACAACGGCGGUGGCAACGGCGAGGGUGUUCCCCCCGUCGUUCCCACUCAGGUCCCCGGUGGCCCCGGUGGCCCCGGUGCCUGCAACGGCGAGAACUGCCCCGUUCCCACCGGUAGCACUCCCGGCAGCGGUGCCGGCUCCGGCUCCGGCUCUGGCUCCGGCUCUGGCUCCGGCUCUGGCUCCGGCUCUGGCUCUGGCUCUGGCUCCGGCGAGGGCGUCCCUGUUCCCUCCGGCAGCGCUCCUGGCACUGGCUCCGGCUCCGGCUCUGGCUCUGGCUCCGGCUCUGGCUCCGGCGAGGGCGUCCCUGUUCCCUCCGGCAGCGCUCCUGGCACUGGCUCCGGCUCCGGCUCUGGCACUGGCUCCGGCUCCGGCAACGGUAACGGCUCUGGCCCCGUCCCUGCCCCCGUCCCCACCGGCACCCUCCCCGGCAACAGCAACGGCGCUGCCAAUGGCACUUACUCCGUUCCUCCCGUUUCCGGCACCGGCCUUCCUGUCCCCGUUGUCAGCUCUUCCCCUAGCGUGUCCAUCGGCCAGCCUCCUAUCCCUACUGAGGAUGUGCCUGUGACCGCUGGUGCUGGCAAGAACGCCUUGAGCGUCGGUGUGGCUGUUGUUGCUGGUGUUGCUGCUUUGUUUGCUCUUUAAAGCAAAUCAAUCAAAAUUGGGGAGGGGAGAGUGUGUAAGAUAAAAAACGUGUGCACAUAUUGGGCGGUUUGCUCUUUUGUUGUUGUUGAUAUUGUUGGGAUACCUUUUUUUUAUAAUGUUUUUUGGAUGGAGCGAUGGAGCGAUGUGGAAUGGAGGAUAUGUGUACAUGUUUUUUGAGGACGACAGAUGUCUAGACUUUACAUAUCUAGGAGACGAAAGAGAAGAAGAAUUAACAUUCAUUCCCUUGUGGUUGAUACUACAACAAUGCUUCAAGACGUGAUUCAAAUGC